ACGAGUUCUUCCUCUUUUUUUGAUAACGAUGGCAAGAUUCCACGAAUAUCAGGUGGUUGGUCGCAAGCUCCCUUCGACCAAGGAGCCCCAACCCAAGUUGUACCGCAUGCGCGUCUUCGCUCCUAACGAGGUCGUUGCCAAGUCCCGUUUCUGGUACUUCUUGAAGAAGCUCCGCAAGGUCAAGAAGGCCGCUGGUGAGAUCGUCUCCAUCAACGAGAUCCACGAGAAGCGCCCUGAGCAGAUCAAGAACUUUGGUAUCUGGAUCCGCUACGAUUCGCGUUCCGGCACCCACAACAUGUACAAGGAAUACCGUGGCAUGUCCCGUGUCGAGGCCGUCGGUACUUGCUACCAGGAUAUGGCUGCCCGCCACCGUGCCCGUUUCUCCUCUAUCCAAAUCAUCCGCGUUGCUGAGGUUAAGGCUGCUGACAUCCGCCGUCAAUACAUCAGACAGCUCUUGAACAACAAGCUUGCUUUCCCCUUGCCUCACCGUGUCCAGCGCACCGAGAAGAGCCGUCGUGCCCUCUUCAUUGCCAAGAGACCUGCCACUUUCUAUUAAGUGUGUUGCUUUUCUCCUUGGGUUAAAGCAGCUGCAACCCACGAAAUAAAAACUGGUUUUCUUUAUUGAAUAUUUUCCUUUUUGCAUCGAUGAUCUUGUUUAUCUGCAAUUUUUUUGAAUGUGUAAAGUACAAUAAUGUAACGAAAUUGAAACGUACAAGUGUGUAGUCAUAUUGAUUUAAAAGGUGAAAGGAGAAAGAUAGUUG